GUAUUUCACCCACCGGUAAUACGACGUGAUCGUCGAGCGCGAGCACUCGCACCAUGCCAUCGACUACUAGCUAGCGAUAGCACUUGUCUAGUCUUUAGUAGUAAUGAUGGCGUCACUAUUCCAAAGAUCAUGUCGAUUCCUACGUUUUUAUCAGAAACAGGUGAAAGUUCCUGCUCAGCAAUUAGCUUCGAAGCAAAUUAGAAGUAUAUAUUAUUCGGCCACAAGAUUGCAAGAGUUUGCUGUUGAUGACGACAAGCCCCAGUUCCCUGGCUCCAAGUCUGUAUUCUCAGAAAAGCUUGAAUUCCUGAAGCCAGACGAAUAUGAUGGGAUUCCUGUCUAUCGUGUAAUGAACCGAGAUGGAGAGGUCAUUGACCCUGAGCAAGACCCUGGUUUGGAUAAGGAAACAGUUACCAAGAUGUAUAAAACAAUGACUACCCUCAACACCAUGGAUAAAAUUCUUUAUGAAUCACAAAGACAGGGAAGAAUAUCAUUCUACAUGACCAAUUAUGGGGAAGAAGGUACUCAUGUUGGAAGUGCUGCUGCUCUUAAUGAUAAGGAUAUUAUAUUUGGCCAAUACAGAGAGGCAGGGGUGAUUCUUUGGAGGGGCUUUUCAUUGGAGACAGCGAUGAAUCAAUGUUACGGUAACUGUGAUGAUCUAGGUAAGGGUCGUCAGAUGCCUGUGCACUAUGGAUCUAAAGAACAUCAUUUCAUGACGAUAUCAUCACCUCUGGCCACACAGAUGCCCCAUGCUUCUGGAGCAGCAUAUGCAUUGAAGAGAUCGGGUCGUGACCUUUGUGUAGUUUGUUAUUUUGGUGAUGGAGCUGCUAGCGAAGGUGAUGCUCAUGCUGCAUUCAACUUUGCUGCAACGUUAGAUGCUCCGGUCAUCUUUUUCUGUCGUAAUAAUGGAUAUGCAAUUUCAACACCUACUGCUGAGCAAUACAGAGGGGAUGGAAUAGCUAUCCGCGGUCCAGCCUAUGGUAUGAACACCAUCAGAGUAGAUGGUAAUGAUGUGUUUGCCGUCUACAAUGCUACCAAGGCAGCAAGGAAGAUAGCUGUAGAGGAGAGUAAACCGGUCCUAAUUGAAGCUAUGACUUACCGGAUAGGCCAUCACAGUACAAGUGAUGAUUCGUCAGCAUAUCGUUCUGUGGAUGAGGUGAGGUAUUGGGAUAGCGAAGAUCAUCCAAUAGGCCGUCUAAGGAAGUACAUGAUGCAGAAAGAGUGGUGGGACAUCGAUACAGAAAAAGCAUGGAUGGCAGAAACAAAGAAGAAUAUACUGCAGGAGUUCCAAGCAGCAGAGAAGCGAAAGAAGCCGUCCCCUACUAACAUGCUGACAGAUGUGUACGAAGAAAUGCCCGAUCAUCUCCAGAAGCAGCUAGAUGAGAUGAAGAAACAUGUAGAGCAAUACAAAGAACAUUAUCCUUUAGAUCAAUAUGAAGCAAUGAAAUGAGAUUGAAUUUGCUUCAGAAGAUCAUUGCUUUAGUUUCUUUGCUCCUCCUCUUACACUCAACUAGCAUCAUGUCAUUAAUGGCUUAUGUCCUGUUGCCCUCGUCAGCUCAUAUUUCUGUGUUCAUAUUGAAACGAUGUUCUUUGGCUGAGGUUGCCCCCUUCCAGUAUUAAUUUGUAGAUUGUAUGCCAAUGAUCUCUCCAUUUAUGGUAAUGGUUUAUUUAAAAAAUACAGUAGCAGCCAAAAGCAGAAUUGCAGAAUCUCUUUACAAAUAAUAAUAUAAACAUGAUAGUAAGUCACAUUAUUACACAAUUCUUAACAAAUCAAAAUAGUUAUACAAUCCCUAUAAACAAACUUGCCUAGAUAAAUAGUAUGUAAUAUAUCAUGCAUUAUCUGGAGAAGAAAAGUAUAGACACAUAAAAAAGACAAUUCAUUUAAAACACACACUUAAACUACAUCAACUUAAACUACAAAACAGGCAUUAGAGCAAGAACAGUUUGAUUUAGGAGAAGUGAAAAAAGGAGGGGGAGCAGAGCCAAGAACAGGAAAAUAAGAUAUGAAAGAGAGAGAGAGAGCAAAGGAGGGUAGGAAUGUCGAGUUGAAAGUUGGGAAGAUAGGAAGUAAACUAGAGGAGGCAUAAAAAAAAGUUUUAAGGCUGCAAAUUUAAGAUAGGUAAGAAUUAAAGGAAAGCAAAUUUGGAAGAAUUUGAGUAAACAUAAAAUAUUAUCCUUGUAUUUUGAUAUUGCUAAAUGGGCAGUUUUAACUGAUUGUUUUAGGAUUUUGUUCUGGUUUAUGGUGGUUUUCCUUUGAAAGGCACUUUAUCUUUUUUUUAAUGGUCAUAAUUGAGCAUUUUAUGAUAUUCUCAGUGUCAUUCAUGAUUGGUGUAUGUAAUAUCAUUUACAUAGUACAUUUUAGUGGUGCAUUAGUAAUAAUGCAAGUAUUGGUCUUACCUGAUUUGCCUGCCUGUGCAGUAUUUGACCAUAUCUUCUUCUACUUUAAAUCCAAAAUAUAACACUAUGUGAAGCCAAUUAUCCCUAUAAAAAGGUGUAUUGAGUAAUACCUCAUUGUCUGUUUCUUAUUUGUAAAAAGGUAUGAGCACACAUAAUAUACAGCCAGGUGAGCAUGAUUUGCUGAGAUCUACAUGAUAAAGUGAAAAUGCUGCCCCAAAAAGUGCAAUUUGUAUUCACUCAUGCAUUAAAGUUCAAUUCAAUAAUUUAUGAAAUUUGCUUGAACAACCAAAACUGGUCAUGGUUGAUCACAACACCCUUAACUUUGCAAGUUCCAAAGGAUUUGCCUCUCCAAAACUGACAGAAAUUGGAAAGCUAAUUCCUGCCCGGCCUAAUUUUCAUACUCUUUGUUUCAGUGGGUAGAGCUCGCUCAAGCAUGAAUAGUAGGUGUUUUCCCCCAAAGUGAUAUAUUUUUUAUUUGGCAGCCAUUUCAAAUGUGUAUAGUUUUUUUUUUUUUUUUUGGGGGGGGGGACGCACUGUAUAUUCAAAUAUUGUCUAUCAAGUAUGAAAAAAAAACUGACGACUGAUUUAAUGCAUAAGGUAUUCAUCGCUGAAAUUUUUUUUUUUGCAAGGGUGACAUAUACACACAUCACAUGAAAUAAGCAGACAUAAUUCUGAUCAUUCUGAAAGUUGUUGGCUUUUGUACAGAAUUUUAUGAAUAAUAAAUUUUUUUUCUAUUGUAAUUCUCCAUAAUAUCAAUCCAUUGCAAUCAUCAUUGAUUCUCCUGGGCCCCGUCUUACAAAGAGUCACAAUUGAUCCAAUCAAUCGUAACUCUAUGGAAAUCCAUCAGUGCCAUAAUUUUUUCUACAGGAAAUUUGCAAAAUGUUCUUUCUAAACACAGGAGAACACACCAAAUUGUCCAGAAAUCAAUGAAUUCAUGGAUAUAUAGUUUUUAUAUACAUUCUUAUCUAGAAAAUCUUUUGAACAAACAUGCAUUCUAUAUGUCGACUUUGCUGGCUUUCCAUAGUUGCGAUUGAUUGGAUCAAUCGCAACUAUUUGUAAGACUGGCCCCAGGUUUCGUUAUUUACCAUAGUUGCUGGUGUUCAGAAUAGUUAAAUUCAAGACUCAAACCUGCUAUAAUGACUACCUGCUUAGAAAGAACACAUGUCUAUACAGAUAACAGGUUUGGUAUCCCUUAAGUAGUAUUCUCCAUGAAACAGGUAUGAUAUUAACCUGCUCAUAAAGACCACUUUUCUUGUGUGAAGGUGACCUUGUAGACAGGUUUCAUUAUAUAUUUUGUCAUAUACAUGUAUAUUUUCUCUUAUGUAUUCUCUGGUUGACUGUACUUCCUACAAUAUCCUGGAUUUAUUGCUGGUGUGAAUGUUGUAAAUAAAAUAAAACUUAUUGAUAAAUCA